AUGUUUAUAUCUAAAUAUCUUCAAAGAUACAAUACUCCUAUUGUGCAGAUCGUACUCUUAGGCCUUGUGUGUCUGUGUUGCCCUGGUAUGUUCAAUGCAUUAUCAGGUCUUGGUGCAGGUGGCUCUAUGAGUAGCAAUGUGGCAUUGACAGAUGCUGCUAACGGUGCUCUGUAUGGCUGUUUUGCCAUUGUGGGAUUUUUUGCUGGUUCAGUGACAAAUACAUUGGGUGUCAAAUACACAUUGACCGUUGGAUCUGUUGGAUACGCCAUCUAUUCAGCUGCGUUUUGGGUAUAUGAUCGUAAGCAAGUGUCUGGUUUCGUGGUUGCAGCAGGCGCCAUUCUCGGCUGCUGUGCCGCGCUCUUUUGGAGUAGUCAAGGUGCCAUCAUGAUGUCUUAUCCUGAAGAAAAGGACAAGGGAAAGUUUAUUGCCAUCUUUUGGGCUUUGUUCAACUGCGGUGGUAUUCUGGGUUCAUUGAUCGCACUAGGUAUGAACUUGGAAAACAAUACUGGUGGUGUCUCCACUGGCACAUACACUGCCUUUGUCAUUGUCAUGUUGAUUGGCGCUGUUUUCUCUCUUACAUUGGCAAAUCCAGGUAAUGUUGUCCGUGCAGAUGGCUCACGAGUAGCUAUUGCGAAAGCCACUCACUGGACUACGGAACUAAGAAACGUGCUCAAGGUCUGGAAAGAAUGGCGUAUGCUUGCUUUGAUCCCUGCUUUUCUUGCUUCCAACUGGUUUUACGCAUAUCAAUUCAGAAUUAACUCCAUUUACUUUGAUCCCUCUACUAGAGCAUUGAAUGAUUUGCUGUACUGGGCUAUGCAGGUCAUUGGCUCCAUGCUGAUGGGUUACUUGUUGGAUUAUAAGGGUUUUGCUCGUCGUACGCGUGGUUUGAUUGCCUUAGGACUUUCGUUUAUUUCCUUGAUGGCCAUUUGGGCAGGUGGUUUCGCUUUCCAGAUGACCUUUGAUGCCGACUACAAUGAUCCAAUUCGCUGGACAAGCAGCCGUUUUGGUGGGCCUUUCGUACUGUUUAUCAUGUAUGGCUUUUCUGAUUCGAUUUACCAAACCUACUUGUACUGGUUAAUGGGUGCCAUGUCGAAUGACCCUGCUUUGUUGGCUCGUUAUGCCGGCUUUUAUAAAGCCAUGCAAUCCGCUGGUGCUGCUGCUGCAUUCGGUAUUGAUUCCUCAACUAUUCGCCUUAGAUGGGAGUGUCUCAUCUGUUGGCUUUUGGUGUUUAUCUCCUUUCCUCUGAUCUUUCUCGUUGCUAGCAAGGUGACUGAAACUAAUGUUGAAUCGAAUAGGCUAGAGGGUGAUAUUUCUACUGAGCAAAUUUCAGCUACAUUUGCUGUGGAUGAAAAGCCAAUGGAGAAUGUAAAAGACCUCGCCUAA